AUGGCGCCACUUGCGCGAACGAUGUACAAUGCUUGCGGGUUGCUCCUAUCGGGACUCCUGCUGCUAGGAUAUCCUCCGGCUACCGAAGCAGGUGUCGUUAGGAGACUUCUUAACGAGUAUCAACCUGCCUCAGGAGGCCGUGAGCGUGUUAGCGUUAACGAUGACUGGCGCUUUUCUCGUUUUGAGUCAAAUCCGGAUUCACUGUCAUAUGACACACUGAAGGAAUGGAUUCUCCCUUCCGGCAACGACUUCAUCGUCAACGGUGCCAAGCAUGAACGUCCUGAGAAAACCGCUCCGGGCGGCGACGUCAAAUAUGUGCAAGCGUCAUUCGAUGAUAGCGAGUGGGAGACUGUCAAUGUUCCGCACGACUGGGCCAUCAAAGGUCCUUUCCAUGCCCCGGGAAUUCCGAACAGCAUGGGUGCUUUGCCUAUCAACGGCGUAGGAUGGUAUCGUCGCAACCUGACAAUAUCACCAAACGACGCCACCAAGUCUAUCUUCCUGGAUAUCGACGGCGCCAUGUCCAAUUCCGCAGUGUGGAUUAACGGUCAAAUUAUUGGUGGAUGGCCUUACGGGUACAAUUCUUUCCGCUUGGACCUCACCCCGUACGUAAGAGCUGGGGAGAACCUGCUGGCGAUCCGAAUCGAUAACCCUUUGAACUUCUCACGCUGGUACCCUGGCGCUGGCCUCUACCGCAAUAUUUGGCUUGUAAAGGUUGACCAGACGCAUAUUGGCCAAUACGGCACGUAUAUUACGACACCAGUCGUGACUUCAGAAUCGGCCGAUGUCGACCUGACUGUUGAGAUUGAAAAUAAGGGAAAUUCCAGUCGCCAGGUAGAGGUGAAGACCGACAUCUACGUCCUUGACGCGGAAACAGGGAAAGCUGGAGCAGACGUGAUCGCAUCCUUCCCACAGUCAACUGCAAACGUAGCAGCUAGCAGCAAAAAGUCCGUGAAUGCUUCGGUGACGGUAGACAAUCCGCGACUCUGGGGACCUAAGCCGGAUCAAGAACCUAACCUAUACGUCGCCGUUACGAAGCUUCUUUCUAAUGGUACCGUUAUCGACACCUACGAGACGCGCUUUGGUAUCCGAUCUAUUACCUAUGACGCUAACACGGGAAUUCAUGUAAACGGCAAGAGGGUUUACAUCCAAGGCACCAACAACCACCACGACCACGGCUCGAUCGGCGCCGGGUUCCACCUCAGAGCAGCCGAGCGUCAGCUGGAUCUACUACAGGAGAUGGGCUGCAAUGCGCUUCGGAUGUCUCACAACCCACCUGCCCCUGAGCUGCUUGACUUGACGGAUACGUACGGCUUUUUGGUCCUGGACGAAAUCUUCGACGUCUGGAAGCAGGAAAAGAUCGAGGAUGACUAUCACGUAUAUUUCGAGGAGUGGCACGAGCCGGAUAUCCGCACCUUCAUCCGACGUGACCGCAACCACCCCUCCAUCAUAGCCUGGAGCUUCGGCAACGAAAUCGUCGAGCAAUCGACCCCUUCCGGCGGCGUAAUAGCCCGCGAACUGCACAGCAUCAUGGAGGAAGAGGACCCGACGCGACAAAUCAGCGCCGGCAUCAACAACGCCAAGGCUGGCAGCGAGUUCUCCGACGCCGUCGAUAUCCCCGGCAUGAACUACCAGGGCGAGGGCCGCGGCACAUCGUUCGACUCGGCGUACCCGAGCUACCACUCUACGUACCCCGGAAAGGCCCUUUGGAGUACCGAGAGCUCGUCGGGCGUCAGCUCGCGCGGGACCUACGUAUUCCCGGUGACGAGCGCUAAUAGCACGACCGUCGGCAACGGCUCGGGUUCGGACCCUACGACGCUAUUUGUUAGCGCGUACGAGCUCUACGCUGUCUCCUGGGGUUCGUCGCCGGACAAGGUGUUUGGGAUGCAGGAUAGGUUCCCCUAUGUUGCGGGCGAGUUCGUGUGGACUGGGUGGGACUAUCUGGGCGAGCCAUCGCCUUUUGACACUGAGGCCCGUAGUUCUUACUACGGGAUUAUUGAUCUUGCCGGGUUUAAGAAGGACCGUUUCUACCUAUAUCAAGCCCGUUGGCGCCCUGAUUUGAUUCAUGUGUUGCCGCUUAUCACAACAAGCUGGCAAACACAUAAUAAGUCCUCUAUCCCUAUGGCGCACAUCCUACCUCACUGGACCUGGCCCAGCCGCGUCGGCGAAGUAACUCCAGUCCACGUUUUCUCAGGCGCCGACUCGGCCGAACUAUUCGUCAACGGAAAGUCCGCCGGUAGACUCCAAAGGGAGCCGUCGAACUACCGCUUCCGAUGGGAUAACGUCACCUAUGCGCCGGGCGAGCUCCACGUCGUCGCAUAUAAAGACGGUGCUAAAUGGGCCGAUGACACGGUGAAGACGGCUACCGAGCCCGCGAAGCUAAAUAUCACGGCGGACCGUACGACUAUUCGCGGGGAUGGCCACGACCUGUCGUUUAUCACCGUUGCUGUUGCCGACGAGAGCGGCACGACUGUGCCUGAGGCUAGCAACGCCAUCACGUUCUCUAUUUCUGGCCCUGCCGAGAUCCUGUCAACCGACAAUGGUAACCCCGCCGACUUCACCGCGUUCCCGAGCUUGACGCGCGACGCCUUUAGCGGGCUUGCCCUUGCUGUUGUUCGUUCGGAGUCUGGGGGCUCUGGGGAUAUUACUGUUCGUGCGGAGGCGGAGGGACUUAAGGGGGCGGAGAUAGUGUUGGAGGCCGUGUAGGUGGAAAGGGGGUCCAUAGGUAGUAUCUAAGUAUAGGCUGGACUAGUUAACGAAAAUAAUUCAUCUUCUUUGCCAUAUAUUCUCGUCUGGCUUAACGAAACCGUCC